UCAGUCCAGCAGGUGGAGUGCGCGCCAGGUACCACCGCAGGACCCGGUCCGGACCUCGAUCCUCCAGGAUUCUGGCAGCAUGGUCGCAGUCGGCGCGUCUCCAUGAGGGACAUUUGGAGUGUGAGCGCCGUUCAGCGACGAACCUGGACCAAUCCUCGCUCUUUUGCAGGAAAAGACCAUGUUGGGGGUCAAAAACAAGAGCUUCUCAAUCGAAUCUCUGCUCGGAACCGAGCUUGAACGCUGCGCCGGCUCCAGAAACGCUCUGAUCCGCCCCACUGCGCUGCGAUACCCGGGGUCACCACCUCCAGCUGGGCGUUUUGGUUCCGUAGCCCAGCAGAGUGCGCGAUCUGGCGCGGUGCUCCAGGAUCCCAGGAUGCAGCCGCAGAGACGACAAGGUUGGAGUCUGCACCCGCUCAGCGCUCCGCUUCGCAGCUUCUUCGGGCCGGAGUCGUGGGACUGUCUUGCGCCUUGGCUGCUGCCCGGACCACCAUUCAGAGACAAUGUUCCAGUUCUGGAGAACCUUGUGCUCCACUCCACCUCGCUCUCCAGGAAACCAAAGCGCAUCCGAACCACGUUCUCACCGUCACAGUUGCUUCAGCUGGAGCAGGCCUUUGAGCAGAACCAUUAUGUCGUCGGAAGUGCUCGCAGACAUCUAGCAAAUGGACUUUGUCUGACGGAGACACAGGUUAAAGUUUGGUUCCAGAACCGCAGAACUAAACACAAGAGGCAGAAAUUGGAAGAAGAAUCUCCCGAGCUGAAGAAAGCUGAUGGUCAGAUCACCAACUGCUGGACAGCUGCCGAGGAAGUUGAUGUUGUUGUUGAGGACUAAAUAGCCUGGUGAAAGACUAGUCUGACGGAUCCAGCUGCAGAUAUGAAGCCAGAUUAGUUACGGCUUCCCAAAAGCCGAUGGCAAGACUGUGUUCUGAGUGACAUUUGUGGGUGUGUUUCAAUGAAUUGUCUGGAGUGACUUGAACACGUACUCCGCUGAGGAGACGAGGUUGGUAGUAGUUUGGUAGUGGAAGCAAAACUGAGAGCAGAAGAGCGGGUUUUACCGACUCAGAGUCUGAAGUGGAACAUUAUAUAUAUCUGAUGAGGAUCAUAGAGCGAAACAGAAGCUGUGCUACUUCCGGGUUACUGAUGCGAUGCUGCGUCCAGAACAUGGUGGAGGCGUGGUCAUCAUGGUGACAAAGGCGGCAGGAAGGUUAAAAAAAGUCGUGGUUGAGGAGAAAGAAGGCACUGGAGAAAAUACAAUAGCAUCAUUGUUGCUUGAGAGAUGAGGAAGACGAGAGACUAUUUCCAGUGGAGCAGAUAAACAUCUGUAAAAUUACAUCAUUCACUAUGGUCAUCGCCAGAUGAGUGAAUUUACUCCCAUCCCAAACUCAAGCUCACUUCUCAUUUAAUUUAUUCAUCUUUUGUUUUUUAAUCAUUUUCUUUUUUCACAAUGUAAAACACAGUUCCUUCUUUAUACAUCAUCCAUAUAGCGAGUUGCAUUUCUUUGUGGAUUUUACUUUUU